AUGUCAGAUCUCCCGUCGAGUAGAGUGACCCCCUCUCGACCAUUUCUGCACGUUGGAAUAGACUUUGCGGGCCCGUUCAUGAUUGCUGAAGGACGGCGCAAAAAUGCACGGUCAAUCAAAUGCUAUCUGUCUGUAUUUAUAUGUAUGGCGGUCAAAGCAGUGCAUAUAGAAGUGGUAACCGAUUUAUCGACCGAGGCCUUUCUGGCGGCUCUCCAGCGGUUUGUUGCUCGUCGUGGGAAACCGUCCGGUAUAUAUUCGGACUGUGGCACAAAUUUCAAAGGAGCUGACCAGCAACUACGUAAUACUCUACUCAGUUCCACCGCACGAACCAGGUACAUUAAUGAUAUACCGUGCACAUGGCAUUUUAACCCUCCGGCAGCCCCCCAUUUUGGAGGGAUAUGA